UAAAAUCUCCCUCUACUUAUCUAAAUUCUCGACUUAAGCCCCCAUCGCCGUUUGCCACUCCACCCCAGCUCCACUGAACAUGGCGGCGCUAAUGGCCGCAGUAGCUGCCGCCGCCUCCACGGUUUUCGCCACCCUCCACCUAACCAAACCCGCUAUUCCUCUCACCCGCACCACUCACCGCCAUCUCCGCACCAUAAUUGCCUCCUCACUCUCUUCCGCUCCCUCCACCACACCUGAAUUCAACAUCACCUUCGCCCCUCCCAAGCCCAAGCUCAAGCCCAAACCCGCAUCCGAAUCCGCCACUGAAACUCCGGGCCAUGACUCAGCUAGCGAAUUGGAUGACCAACUCUACAUCCCGUGGAUUGUCCGCGACGAGAAUGGCAACCUCACCCUCCAGUCUACUCCUCCGGCUCGUCUACUUCACGCGAUGGGCAAUGCCGAGACUAAGAAGAAGAAGAAGAAGAAAGAGAAAGACUCUAAAGCAAAGCCGGCUUCUCCCACAGCUGAGCCGAAGUUCUCCAAGGCUGCCCGCCGGUUUUAUAAUGAGAAUUUCCGGGACCCGCCUCAGCGGCUUAGUAAGGUCUUAGCUGCUGCUGGAGUGGCAUCAAGAAGAAACAGCGAAGAGCUUAUUUUCGGAGGUAAAGUGACUGUUAAUGGUUCUGUAUGCAAUACUCCUCAGACCAGAGUUGAUCCUGUUAGGGAUGUGAUCUAUGUCAACGGGAACCGCCUGCCCAAGAAACUGCCCCCAAAGGUCUAUUUUGCGCUAAACAAGCCGAAAGGUUACAUUUGCUCGGCUGGAGAGAAGGAGACGAAGUCCGUGCUGUCUCUGUUCAAUGAUUUUAUGAAUAGUUGGGAUAAAAGGAACCCUGGACUACCAAAACCACGACUAUUUACUGUUGGUCGUCUUGAUGUUGCCACAACUGGAUUGCUUAUAGUUACAAAUGAUGGGGAUUUUGCUCAGAAGCUUUCACAUCCUUCUUCUAAAUUAUCCAAGGAAUAUAUUGCAACUAUUGAUGGUUCCGUCAAUAAGCGACAUUUGAUUACCAUUAGUGAAGGGACUGUUGUUGAAGGCGUUCAAUGCGCCCCGGAUAUUGUAGAGCUGCUACCGCCGCAGCCAGAUCUGUCAAGACCACGAAUUCGGAUUGUGGUUCAUGAGGGAAGAAAUCAUGAAGUGCGGGAACUUGUAAAAAAUGCUGGACUUGAGAUUCAUGCACUGAAGCGCAUACGCAUUGGUGGUUUCAGGCUUCCAUCAGAUCUUGGGAUUGGAAAGCAUGUUGAACUGAAGCAAGCUAAUCUCCGAGCACUGGGUUGGAAGAGCUGAAACUGAUUUCCAAAAUGAUGGAGCUUGCAGUUAUUUUUGGAUCGCCUGUUCACCUCAAAAGUUGAAUGUGGACAUCUGUCUUGUCUACUUGGCGGGAGUUGGUCUUGCACUGUUUAAUGCUGAAACAGAUGGAAGUAGAAUUUCCUGCAGCUGCAAGUCAAGUUUGCCUGGGGUUCGGCUCGGGUGUCUAGAGCUUCUUUCAAGUGGAGAGUCCUUGCCGCGGGUCAGAUGAUACAUGUUGAAAAUUGUUUAUACUUCUUAUACCAGGAGUGGCAAAAUAUACCAGGACGUCUACCCAGUGUUGAUAUGUAAAUGACAAAUAUCGACUCAGAUUUCGGAUGCAAUGCUUGCAAGUCAUGCAUUUUGUAGCAUACCAACCAAAUGGCAAAGAUAGUAUAUUAUGAUUUCGCACCACAACGGUAGAUGCAGUGAGGAUGAUUCACCAGAUUCUCGUUUAAGUUCAUAUCACCUACGGUGCAGAAACGAGUUUUAUACAUACAAUCUCAUGCUAGCAAAUUUUUGCCUUGUUCCUGAUGUCUGGGGCAAGCCAGAGAAUGCACCAUUUGGAAAAAAGAAAAAGAAGAAAAAGGUAACUUGAAGGUGUUCGUGAAUGGCAAAUUAGAAGGAUGAGCAGAAUAAGAAGGCGAAGAUAUUUGUGUGUGAAAUGCAUUAACGUGGUCAAUGUCAUCCUAAUUGAAGAAAGAGAUGACAGUACAACCUGUGUCGGCCGGCAACCCAUGUUGAGGUUCACAUGUUGUCCUACCUCUCUGUGUACUGUAGGGAUACAACAUGACGAAACAUUUUGAUUCUCAAUGUAGUGUGCAUGGAGUGAAAAGGACCUUUUAAGGGUAAAGAUUAUACUAUCAUCUUUGAUUCACUAAGAAAAAAAUUAUCGUGAC